CCCUCCUUCCUUUCCACUCUCCCUCCGUUGUUGACCACAGGGAGACCAUUCGGUUAGCCUCUCCCGUUUCUCUGUUUGGUUGUUCAGAAAAUUCCAGAAAAUGGAAGUAAUCCUAAAAGAAAAUUAAAGAAAGUGAUUCUUGUUCUUCCCAUGGAGGAAGUUUGAUUACUCACGACUCCCGCAUUUCAUACUAAGUUAGGUUCCCGCUGAUUUCCUACGCGAUUUGCAGGUACUCCGCUCGCCGAAGGAACAAUGACGGUGGUUCCGGACGGCCUCUGCUCUGUCGCCGAAGUGGAUAACCUCGAUAAGUUGCUAGACAAGCCGCCGAAGCUGCGGGUGAACAUUGACCGGCAGCGAUCUUGCGACGAGAGGUCACUGAGCAGCGAGCUUGUCACCAACGGCCACGCGGAUGCAGUGCACUCGCCGCCGGGAACGGCGCGAAUGUCCGGCCUCGAUGCUCCAGGGGCGCCGUUCGCCGCCGGAAUCGAUUCGCAUCCUUACGUGGUGGAAGCGUGGGCCGCGCUGCGGCAUUCUAUGGUCUACUUCAGGGGACAGCCGGUUGGGACGAUUGCUGCUUCGGAUAACACCGAGGAGAAUCUCAACUACGAUCAGGUGUUUGUGCGAGAUUUCAUACCUAGCGGACUGGCAUUUCUUAUGCAUAAAGAGCCGGAGGUAGUCAAGAACUUCAUUCUGAAGACCCUACGCCUUCAGUCCUGGGAGAAAAAGAUCGAUAGGUUCCAUCUUGGAGAAGGAGUUAUGCCUGCCAGUUUCAAGGUGCUACAUGAUCCAGUAAGGAACUACGAGACUCUGAUGGCUGAUUUUGGUGAGAGUGCAAUCGGUAGGGUUGCUCCUGUUGAUUCUGGGUUCUGGUGGAUCAUACUGCUGAGGGCAUACACCAAAUCUACUGGGGAUACUUCAUUGGCUGAACUACCAGAAUGCCAAAAGGGGAUGCGGCUUAUUCUGAGUCUAUGCCUUUCAGAGGGUUUUGAUACAUUCCCUACUCUUCUUUGUGCUGAUGGGUGCUGCAUGAUUGAUCGGAGAAUGGGUGUUUAUGGGUAUCCAAUUGAGAUUCAAGCGCUUUUCUUCAUGGCAUUAAGAUGUGCUUUGGUGUUGCUGAAACAAGAUGAGGAAGGGAAGGAGUUCAUGGAAAGAAUUGUCAAACGCCUUCAUGCAUUGAGCUACCACAUGAGGAGUUAUUUUUGGCUUGAUCUUAAGCAACUCAAUGACAUAUAUCGGUACAAAACCGAGGAGUACUCCCAUACUGCAGUCAAUAAGUUCAAUGUGAUGCCCGACUCGCUACCAGAAUGGAUAUUCGAUUUUAUGCCCAGUCGUGGUGGUUACUUCAUUGGAAAUGUCAGCCCUGCAAGGAUGGACUUCCGUUGGUUUUGCUUGGGAAAUUGUGUGGCCAUUCUGUCAUCCCUCGCCACCCCUGAACAGUCCACGGCAAUCAUGGAUCUAAUAGAAGCGCGAUGGGAGGAGUUGGUUGGCGAAAUGCCCCUCAAAGUAUGCUAUCCUGCCAUAGAAAGCCAUGAAUGGAAGAUUAUAACAGGCUGUGAUCCAAAAAACACAAGAUGGAGCUACCACAAUGGAGGAUCCUGGCCAGUACUUCUGUGGCUGCUCACGGCUGCAUGCAUCAAGACAGGGCGUCCACAUAUUGCAAGGCGCGCAGUGGAGCUUGCAGAAUCUAGACUGAUAAAGGACAGCUGGCCGGAGUACUACGAUGGGAAGCUUGGGAGAUACGUCGGGAAGCAGGCUCGGAAGCACCAAACAUGGUCCGUGGCGGGGUACCUGGUGGCAAAGUUGAUGUUGGAAGACCCUUCUUACCUGGGUAUGGUGGCACUUGAGGAGGACAGACAUGUGAAGCCUGUGUUGAAGAGAUCAAACUCUUGGACUUGCUGAAGCCUGAAGCCAUCCAUUGGUUAUGAUCCAUCCUUAGGGUAAGCAAGUGCAUGUUUAGCGUCGACCGAAGAUGAUCUUGUAGUGAUGCAAAUCCAUACUGUAUAGAGAUCAGCCAUUCUGUUGAGGCAUUUUCACAUUUGUAAGUAGCAAUAACUUUCCAACAGUCUGAUUCCAUUGAGCAAAUCUAUAGUGUGUUACUGUACGUUCCUUCCUGCCAGGGCUAUAUUUUGUUGUUCAAAAUGCCUAGUUGUGCGUACUACGGUGGAACUGUUAA